AUGCCGAUUCGUCAGCAAAUUGUUCGACAAACUUUAUUAGUGUUAUAUUUUCUUCUGAGCUAUGAUGGAGUUCAAGGAGAAAUAAAGCUGUCCGAAUUAGAGGAUUUAGAGUUGGAGAAACAACUUAAAUUGUUGAACAAGCCAGCGACCAAAACAAUUAAGACUAAAUAUGGAGAUACGUAUGAUUGUGUGGAUUUCUACAAACAACCUGCAUUUGAUCAUCCGUUGUUAAAGAAUCACAAUUUCCAUCCAAAGGUGAAACCUACUUUAACUAGGACACUGCACAAUUCAGAUAUCUCAGCAGUUAAUAAGUUAUCGAGCAUAUCGUUAAAGAAAAAAGGUUGUCCUUCUGGAACAGUUCCCAUCAGAAGAGUUACCAAAGACGACCUUAUUAGACACAAACAUAUUCCACCGCCAGAAACUAUCAUUGAAGCUCAAUUGACUAAUAUUAACAAUAACAGUGAGCCCAAAAGAAGUUACAUAUUCUCGCAUGGAUACAAGCGUGCAAUAGCUCAAAUUCCAAAUAAUCCAAAUAAUAAGUUUGCCGGAGCUGGAAUGACGGCUAAUAUAUAUAAUCCCCGUGUUGAAGGUCAACAACACAGUGCAGUUCGAUUGAAAAUCUUCAAAGGAUAUGACGUUUUACAAGUUGGCUGGAGAGUGGAUCCAACACUAUAUAACGAUACUAAUACUAGACUUUAUAUACAUACGCAGGUUGGUAAUAAGCAUUGCUUCAAUACACUAUGUUCUGGAUUUGUCCUCGUAAAUACUGAGUUACCUGUUGAUAUGGUAUUUGAUGAGAUUUCACAUCGUGGAGCUAAAGUCGUAGUGGAGAUCACAAUGUUCCUCCAACGGGAUCCAGCCAAUGGACUGUGGUGGCUUUUGAUUGGUGAAAACUACGACGAAGUUGGUUUUUGGCCUCAAAGAAUUUUUACUGACUUGGCAAGCUUGGCUACUCAUGUUGAGUUUGGAGGAGUCGUGUAUAUUCCACCAGGUGGGCCUAAACCUCCGAUGGGCUCUAGUUGUUUUCCUAUUGCAGAUCCAUUGUAUGAUGCUUAUUGUAGGAGACUUCACGUUUUUAUCAAUGACAGUAAUGAGACGGUACAUGUAGACACAACCAUUGCACAAGCUGAGGAUCCUAAUUCAUAUGAGGUUAGGGAUGUACCACAUUGGGGACAUGGAAAGUUUCCGCAUUUUAUAUUUUAUGGAGGACGUGGUGAUAUCGACACAUGGUGUUAA